UAGAAAUCAAUCACCUUUAGAUUGAUUGAGCGAUUCAAGGAAGAAGAGAGAAAAGGUUGUGGGAGGAGGCUAAACUGCACUGUUGACGACGGAGAGAUCUCCUUACCUUGUUCAUAUCUGCAGCUCAAAGGAAGAAAUCUUUGAAACUCUUUGGCAGUCUACUUUCUCAGAUGGAUGAUCUCAAACACCUUGAUGAAGAAGACAGUUGGUCCCUGACUUCUUCUACUGCAGCAUCUGUGAGAACCAUCAAAUCCAAACUUACCGUCCCAGUAGCCCCAUCCUUUAGAUCUGCCGAACGUGUAGCAAGACGUAAGGAGUUCUAUGAGAAGUUGGGUGAGAAACACAAAGCUUUGGAAGCAGAAAAACAAGAAUGUGCUGCCAGGACCAAGGAAGAGGAGGAAGCAGCUAUUAAGCAGCUUAGGAGGAACAUGGUUUACAAAGCAAAUCCAGUUCCAAGCUUUUACCAGGAAGGGCCUCCUCCAAAGGCUGAACUUAAGAAGCUACCCGUCACUCGGGCAAAAUCACCGAACUUCACACGAAGAAAAAGCUGUGGGGAUGUCACCUCACGGGAAGAAAAAAAAGAUCCGGUGAGGUCAACUCGCCACAGCAUUGGGGCUUACAGAGAAUAUAACCCGACGCUAUCUGCUCCCAAAAAGAAGGAUCAGACAAGCGUUCAACGGAAUACUAUUAAUGGGCAUACCAACAGAGAGAAGGCCCCUUCCAAGUCAGUGAAAGGCACAAAGAAAACUUCAACAAAAAAUCCAAAAGAAGAUCGGGCGAAGGAGAUGAAAGAAACCCCAGAGAAUGGGACAGAGGAAUGUCCCGUGAAAGAGAUGAAUGGAAGAAGUCCGACGAAGGAGAUGAUAGAAACUUCUCACGACGCGACUGAUCAGCCAAGAGAGGAUAUUGUUGCAGUUCAGUCAUGAAAAAAAGGUUGUGUCAUUUUGGUUUUUCUUUAAUUUGUAUCGGGAAAAUAGUAGGGGUAAUUAAGGUUUGCGCACACACACCCUCUGAAGACCCUGCUUUUUUGUGGGAGUCUACUGGGUUUGUCGUUGUUGUUGUAUUGGGAAAAAGUUGUCUUUUUCAGUUUAGAUCCUUACUGUAACUUGGAUAGUUUCUCUUUAUGGUCAAAAGCAAAUGGCUGAACUGAUGAAUGUCUUAAUCUGGGGGGUUGUAUAUUCACAUUCUAAUAUACUCCUUAUAUGUGUAAUACAAUGGUCCGGUCCUGCUGCAAGAGAGUGAGAGACCACUACCACUUGCUGAGUUGAUGGGUAUG